AAAAUGAGAUUAAUAUCAAAAACGGUGAAGCAUGGAAUUUUGUAUAAAGUUUUCUCUUAAUUGAACUCUUUUGUCAUUUUCAGCUGUGUGUGCAGAGAAGCAUGGAAUUACAUAUAGAUCGACGAAAAUUAUGCUUCUUCUUCUUCUUCAUCAUCUCCUUUACGCAGUCCUUUUAUCUUCCUGGUGUUGCUCCUCGAGAUUUUCAAACUGGUGAUCCACUUAAUAUCAAAGUAAACAAGCUGUCAUCUACAAAGACACAACUACCAUAUGACUAUUACUUCUUGAAGUACUGCAAACCUACUGAAAUUUUGAAUAGUGCGGAGAAUUUGGGGGAGGUUCUUCGAGGGGACCGAAUAGAGAAUUCAGUUUAUACUUUUCAAAUGAGACAAGAACAGCCAUGUCAAGUGGUCUGUCGACAAAAACUUGUUGCUGAAUAUGCAAAGAACUUCAAGGAAAAGAUUGAUGAUGAAUACAGAGUCAAUAUGAUUCUGGAUAACCUUCCUGUUGCUGUUCUUAGACAAAGGCGAGAUGGGAGUCAGUCAACUACUUACGAGCAUGGUUUCCGUGUUGGGUUCAAGGGAAAUUAUGCUGGGAGUAAAGAGGGAAAGUAUUUUAUCAACAACCACUUAAGCUUUCGAGUCAUGUAUCAGAAGGAUCUUGAUACUGAUACAGCUCGUAUUGUUGGGUUUGAAGUCACUCCAAAUAGCAUUAAGCAUGAGUACAAGGAAUGGAAUGACAAGAACCCUCAAGUGACGACGUGCAACCAGAAUACAAGAAAUUUAAUUCUAGGUGGUGUUAUACCCCAAGAAGUAGAUACAGAUAAGGAAAUUGUAUUUUCCUAUGAUGUUUCCUUCAAGGAGAGUGAGAUAAGGUGGGCUUCUCGUUGGGAUACAUACCUUCUCAUGAAUGAUGAUCAGAUUCACUGGUUUUCCAUCGUAAACUCUCUUAUGAUUGUCCUCUUCCUUUCUGGUAUGGUUGCGAUGAUCAUGAUGAGAACUCUGUACCGAGAUAUUGCUAACUAUAAUCAACUAGAAACACAAGAUGAAGCUCAGGAAGAAACAGGAUGGAAACUUGUUCAUGGAGAUGUUUUCCGCCCUCCUAUUAAUUGUGGAUUAUUGUGUGUUUAUGUUGGGACUGGUGUCCAGAUAUUUGCGAUGACACUAGUGACAAUGAUGUUUGCUGUGCUGGGUUUCUUGUCGCCUUCUAACCGUGGUGGACUUAUGACUGCCAUGGUUCUGCUCUGGGUCUUCAUGGGGUUGUUUGCUGGCUAUUCUUCUGCACGUCUUCAUCGAACAUUCAGGGGAACACAGUGGAAGAGGAUUGCCUUGAAAACUGCUUUUAUGUUCCCUGGUAUACUUUUUGCUGUCUUCUUUGUACUGAAUGCUCUCAUCUGGGGAGAGAAAUCUUCCGGAGCAGUGCCUUUUGGGACUAUGUUUGCUCUUGUGUGCUUAUGGUUUGGUAUCUCAGUGCCUUUAGUGUUUGUUGGCGGAUACAUGGGCAAUAAAAAAGUGGUCACUGAAGAGCCGGUUAAGACAAACAAAAUACCUAGACAAAUACCGGAGCAACCAUGGUACAUAACACCUGCGUUUUCAAUUCUUAUCGGUGGUAUUCUUCCAUUUGGAGCUGUUUUCAUUGAGUUGUUCUUCAUUUUGACUUCCAUAUGGCUGAACCAGUUCUACUACAUAUUUGGCUUCCUUUUUAUAGUCUUUCUGAUCUUGAUAAUCACGUGUGCGGAGAUAACAAUAGUUCUCUGCUACUUCCAGUUGUGCAGUGAAGAUUAUUAUUGGUGGUGGAGAUCUUAUCUGACUGCUGGAUCCUCUGCAUUGUACUUCUUUCUCUAUUCUGUUUUCUAUUUCUUCAGCAAGUUGGAAAUCACAAAGCUGGUUUCAGGAAUCUUGUAUUUCGGUUACAUGUUGAUUGCCUCCUAUGCCUUCUUUGUGCUAACGGGAACAAUUGGUUUCUAUGCUUGCUUCUGGUUUGUUCGGAGGAUCUACUCCUCUGUGAAGAUCGACUGAUCAAGAGAUUUUGAAAUUUACGAAGGGGUCAUGUUGAUUGCAUCGGUGUUAUACUUGCUUGUGCUUUGUCCAAAAAAAUAUACUCCUUGGUGAAGAUUGAGUACUGACCAUAUCUCAUAGUAUGUAGUGGUAUAGUGAAAAUGGUCUUACUUUUGAUGACUUCGAUAUGUAGAAAGAGUUGCAAAGUUUUUUGUUUUCGUUUACUUCAUAGGACAGACAAACAAAGGCUGAAAUUUCCAGCCUUGUAGGCUUGAUUUGUUUCUUUGUCACUCCAGUUUAUUUUGUUGGUUACAUUGUUGACACAUUAUUUGUAGCUUUUAGCAAUACAUCUGGUAGAAUGUUACCAGAAAUUUUGCCUACAGCAAGCUUGGAGCACAAGGCUAUAAUUGGUUCUGAACCCAUAUGUUUGGAAUUUGAGACCUCUGGUGAAGCAAUCCUACCACUGCAUCACAUGGUUAAAAGAUCAAAAAGACAAAACACUCUCAUUGUGGGGGACACAGUACCAGACAUGUCACCAAGGUGUCUUUCUUAUAGGCAUACUUUGGACAACUUGAAUGGGCUGGGCGGAGCCACCUUAGUCUAAGGGUGUGAGCUAGUGCACACUCGAAGGGUGUGCACCUUCGUUAGAAAAUUAUGAGACAUACAGAUAUUGAAUGUAUAUUUAAUUUUGAACGUCCUUAAUAUUUAUGCUAUAUUUCUUUCUGAAUGUGCUUUACACAGCAUUUUCAUAUUUAGUUUGUUCACUUACAUAGCUGUCAAGAAACAAAACUUUUGACAGACAUGUUGAAACAUCAAAAUAUCUUGACAGACAACACAUUCUAAGGAACAAAAAGUGAAAACAUAGUAAUUGAAAGAGCUUGAUGGUGUACUGCAACAUAGUAAAAUGCAUUUUUCAAUGUGCAAAGCAAUGAAUUAUUGCUUGCUUACUUACAUUAUGAUUGUAUAAUGUAGAACAUCAUGAAAGCAAAA